AACUUGGUUUCUGCUUAUUUAUUACAUUUGUAAUGUAAAAAUACAACUUUAUGAAAUGGUUAUUUUUCUUAUAUUUGUGAAUGUCACCUUUCUACUCUGAUUGCACAAAUGAUUUUGGUGGCAUCAGGCAAUGAGGAGGCUUUCUUCAACAUAAACAAGGAAGCUGGUCAGAGUUGAUAUAAAGAUGGGCAGAGAAAAAUGCAUGACAAUCCCAGGAGAAAACCUGUUAAAUGUGGCAAAAUACUUGGGACUGGGACAGAGGUUUAGUUUUCCAUCAGGAAAACCUUGGAGACUUUAAAGUGACUAGAUUUUACUUAUGAAAAUGUAGAGGUUUGGCAUGUAUUUUUCUUUCAUUUCUCUAAUUCUCUAGUGAGUAGCUGCUUGAUAAUGUGUUGCAAAUUAUUAAGCAGCUUUUUACAACCAUCAAUGUAAAAGCUAGACUCAGGCUAGAUGUCAAUAUUAUUAAAUAAUGCAACUGCCUAAAUGCACUUCAUCGUUGUACAGUAUUUAUUUUUGUAAUUUAUAAAAGGAAUAUCCCAUAAUGAAGCACUCACAGCAACAAUUUCACAAACUGUAUUGCAAAAUGAAUGCCGAGGAAAAAGUACAUCUGCAUUAACAGAAUUUCACCACACGAAUCAGUGAAGUCGAAUAGUGUCUAUAUUACUAUAUGUAAUGUUUACCUAUUUAAUAAAUUAGAUACAUUUUAAGCAGAAAAACCUUUUGCGUAAGUGACUUACCUGGUAAAAAAAAACUACUAGUCAUUAUACAGGGCUUAUUUUAAGAAAGAUUUGCUUUGUCCCCCAUGAAGGUGUUUCACUAAAACUAAAAAGGUAAGAAGUCGCCGUGGUAACAGCACCUAUUCCCGUCUUGUUAAUCGGUUUAUAGCUUACGCCAGUUGGCUCUAUCUGUGUCUUUCUGUAAAUAGUUAUUAAGAGUCACAGCUUGAAAGAAUGAAAUGCAUGGCAAACAGAUUUCUGGCAAAGAAAGUUGAAUCUUUGCUGUAAUGUCUCAGAAUGCACACGUCAGCCGUAGAGGAGGAUUAACUCCUGAUUAUUAUUCACAACUCUGACUCUCACAGUUAGAUGGGUGCUGCACAAUGACAGGCUUAAAAGCAGGACCAUACAAAAGAAAUGUUUUAUUGUAGCUUAGAUAUUUGGCUUUUGAACCUUUCAUACAAGAACCCUCUUGCAGGUAACUGUGGGUGUUACUAAUCAUUGCGCAUGUCCACUCCCCUGCCUCUGUGAAGCUGAAGCUGCUUAAUCUUGCUGAACAAGUGGACAGAGCACAGAGGGAGAGAUUUAAACCAACAUGAGCUUUACCAUCGAAGAGAGGGGGAGGCCGAAUACCCAGGACUACAGAGUCUUUUUCAAAAACACAGACGGCAAAUACAUCUCUCCCUUUCAUGAUGUGCCCAUUUAUGCAAAUGAAGCAGACAACAUUUUUCAUGCCAUUGUGGAAGUUCCAAGAUGGACAAAUGCAAAGAUGGAGAUAGCCACAAAGGAUCCUCUUAAUCCACUAAAGCAGGAUUUGAAGAAGGGGAAUCUUCGUUAUGUAGCCAAUGUGUUUCCUCACAAAGGCUAUAUCUGGAAUUAUGGGGCUAUUCCACAGACAUGGGAGGAUCCUGGCCACAAGGACAGUGACACAGGAUGCUGUGGAGACAAUGAUCCGAUUGACAUCUGUGACAUUGGAAACAAGGUGUGCUCUCGGGGAGAAGUAAUCAAAGUGAAGGUGUUGGGAACCCUGGCUUUGAUCGAUGAGGGUGAAACCGACUGGAAGGUCAUUGUGAUCAAUACUGAGGACCCAGAAGCCGACGACUUUAACAAUAUUGAUGACGUAAAGCGGCUUAAGCCGGGUUACCUGGAAGCUACUGUUGAUUGGUUCAGACGAUACAAGGUUCCUGAUGGCAAACCUGAAAAUCAGUUUGCUUUCAAUGGCGACUUCAAAGACAGGGACUUUGCAAUACAAACUGUGAAGAGCACACAUGAAUUUUGGAAAGCACUGAUAUCUAAGAAGAGCAACGCUAGCGAGUUAAACUGCAUGAACACCAGUGUUUCUGACAGUCCCUUCUGCUGCUCUGCUACAGAUGCUGACGCUGUUGUUAAGUCUGCAUGUGCUUUUGGAACUGAGGAACCCAUUCCAAACUCAGUUGAUAAAUGGUUCUACUACGAAAAGUAAGAAUGUGAACCCAUGCCAGGAACUUGAAGAGAAUCCUUCUUCCUCCAUAAAUUCAUUAUCAAGUUUGGAACAUUAAAUCUAAACUAACUUUGAAGCUCUUUGUUGCAUCAUGUUUUGUGAAUGUUAUUCCCAGCUGAGUAAAAUUAUAUUCUUGUGAAAACACCCUCAUACUUCUUUCAUUUUUGUGAACAACAGUCCUUGAAACAGACAUGACAAAUUCCCUAAUAAAUAACAGUAUCUCUUUG